AUGACUGGGAACCGGAAUCAUGAUGACAAUUAUGCAUCAUCAUCAUCAUCAUCAUCAUCAUCAUCAUCAUCUAGCAAGAAGAGGUUGAAGAGUUUUGACAAGGGUGAUGUGGCAUCUUGGUCAGAUCUAAACCAUGAUGUGCUUUUUUUGGUAAUGAUGCAAUUGGGAUUUGUUGAUUUCUUUGCAUUCAGUGGAGUCUGCAAGUCAUGGAGGUCAUUCGCAGUCUCUCAGAGGAAUACAUACAUGGCCUCCAUACCUCCCAUGUCGAUUUCGUCUGGGGCUGAUAAUCAAGACUCGUAUUGGUAUCUGAAGGAUUUUAAAGAGAAAACAUGUAAAACCAUAAUUCCCAAUUCUACUGGCAGGAGAUGUUUUGGAUUGACUUGUGGUUACCUGAUCUUGUUCAGUAGGGAAACUCGCGACUUCUUGCUUGUGAAUCCUAUCACAAGACAUGAACUUCGUUUCCCUUUUUACCCCUUAUAUGUUCGUGCUUAUGAAAGCAUCAGGACUAUCCUCGUCUUUUCACCUUCAGUAUCAGGGUGGGUGUUUGUUGUGCUGAAUAAGAAAAUAUCAUUUUGUAUGGAAGGUAAACGAGGAUGGAAUCAUGUCUCCUCCACUCUCCCCAUCCGUGAUUUCUAUGCUUUCAAGGGGAAGAUAUAUACUCUACAUACCGAUCUCUCUGUAUGUGAACUCAGACUCAAUCUGAAUGGGAAACAUAAAUGGAUGUUAUUCGAAUCCAAGAAUUUUACGAAGCCAGACAUAUCACAUCCAGAGCUUGUAAGUUCUGGUGAAAACCUUUAUCUGAUAAGUGAGGAUUCAGCACAGGACAAGGUUUUGGAACUGGAUAUUGGUGAAAUGAAAUGGGUGUCUCCUGAAAAGACAAUAGGAGAAUAUGCUUUCUUUCUUAGUAGUGGGUGGAAGAAGUCUUCUGCUGCUAUUAGACCAGAGUCAUGGGCUGCUGCCCAUCUGACACAAUACAAGACCUUUGAUUACUUCCUUCAUGCUAAUGAAAGUCGAAAACGACACUGGUACUAUUAUGAACCACUGUGGAGAAAGUACAAUUUGAACAAUGGAGAAGAUAGGGAAAUCAUUAAUCCAACCAUGGGGGAAAAGACAUCUCUAGAAACGGAUCUGAAAAUGAUGGAGCUGCUUCACGUCGUCGGGUGGUUCACGCAGCGAUGA